UCCAGUCUGUUCCACACUCCAGGACGGACAAGUCGUGUUUUGAAUCCGAUAUAAACAAUUAUCGUAAACAUAUCGAACUCCUAACUGAACACUGCUGUGAUAUGAUCCGUCGCUCAUCGCUGAGUAUCUGGUGUGUGGAAUGGCAGAGAACGUUAAGUGUGGAAGCGGCAGGGUGGGUGUUCGUGAGGCUAUCCUUGGGGGAUCAGUUCGGAGAAGACCACCUCGACUUGCGGAUAUACCAAAACAUUCCGCUGUCGACGUAGUGGGAGAAGCGAAUAAGGGUCGUGACGUCACAAAAUGGCAGCAAACUGACGACGACAGCAGACCACAAGUCUAUACGGACCGGUCCUCAUUGCUGCGUUCCCACGCUGCCAAGUCCACUGAAUGCACACAGGGUUCUCCCCGGACAAGGAGGGUCCCACGCGAGUCCAGAAGGGUGUCUCUUGCCCAUGUAUCCGGUUACGUGCAGCUCAAUCAGUACAGACUUCUGGAGCCUAUAGGACAGGGUUCGUACGGCAUCGUCAAGUUAGCUUACAGCGAAGAAGACGACAGACAUUACGCUAUGAAAAUCCUGAGCAAAAGAAAGCUGAUGCGUCGCGCCGGUCUGUUUGGACGCACGCCUCCCCGUCGCCCUGGACCAGGACCACCUCCGGAUCCUCUACAGAGGAUUUACAGGGAAAUAGCCGUUCUCAAGAAGCUGGAUCAUCCGAAUGUCGUGAAACUGGUUGAGGUGUUAGAUGAUCCAGCAGAAGACCAGUUAUACCUGGUUUUCCAACUGCUAGAAGGAGGUCCCGUCAUAGACAUACCUACAGACAAUCCACACAGCGAAGAACUUGCGAGGAAGUAUUUUAGAGAUAUCGUGCUUGGAGUAGAGUACCUGCACUUCCAGCGGAUCGCUCAUCGCGAUCUGAAGCCAGCGAACCUUCUGCUUGGUGACGGUCGAGUGCAAGUUGCGGACCUGGGCGCCUGCGGAGAAUUGGAGGGCGCAGGCCGAUUGUCCGGAGCUGUAGGCACUCCGGCCUUCCGAGCACCCGAAACCACUGACGGCGCUGACAAAUAUGUUGGAGAGGCAGCAGAUAUUUGGUCUCUGGGAGUGACUUUGUAUGCGAUGGUGACUGGUCGGGUCCCAUGGGUGGCGGCUACAUCCAGCGAGCUCCAGCGAGGAGUUCUCAUCGAGCCUUUGACUUUUCCCGCCAGGCCGCAACUAUCUCAGCCACUGAAAAGAUUGCUCACCAAAAUGCUGGAAAAGAACCCCGCAACAAGGUUGACUAUGAAAGAAAUAAAGGAACACGAGUGGGUAACAGCUGGUGGAAAGGAGCCUCUGCCCUCGGAGGAGGAGAAUUGCCGUUUGGUAGAAGUAACGGAUGAAGACGUGGCACGUGUUGUCACCUCCAUCCCCAACUUAUCAACCCUCAUACUCAUAAAGACCAUGCUAAAGAAGCACAGCUUCCAGAACCCAUUCUUACGAAGUCGUGAAGGCAGCACUCGCCGUGAGUCGAGUGACGCGGGGGAGCCCCAAAAACGAGAUGACUGUGGCGCUGCGAGGGACCCAGCAACUGAAGGAUCCCCAUUGGGCGCUGAUGUGGGUUACGGCCGGGGCAGGAAAGGCUUCGCCCGUGCCGGUAGAUCUUUGUCAGCUCCAGGAAACUACCUUACCGAUAAACAACCAUCAUUUGACGUGGCCCUCGAAGCAGUUGAAGAGUUUAAAGAGCAAACUGCGACAUCACCGAACAAACCAGCUCCAGAGGUUAAAUCAGAGAGCAAAGAAAAUAAAGUGAUUGGAAGUGAAAGUGCAAGCACAAAUCAAAAGCAAACUAAAGCAAGAUGAGAAUCGCUUGAGCACCUCGGCCGGCUCCCAGAAACGUCGGACGACCAGACGGAAGGCCAGUCUACACGGUCGGACAUCAGUCUGCCAAGCAAAUUGGACAAGAGUCGGUUUACUUGAGAUAUUAUAGGUCGACAUGUAUGAAAUCCCUUUUUGACAUAUUUGAAUAUAAGUAAUAUCUUGCUAAAACCUUUAAAAAAUAUAUUUUUAAAAUAAUAUCAAUUUCAAUUCUGCUUCAAUUUUCAGCUUUAUUUUUAUAAAUAUAAUACUUGAAAUGAAUAGUUAAUAGAGAUGUGACUUAAUGUGAAAGUCCAAUUAGAAGAUUGGUAUAGAAUUUGAUACAGGCAUUUAUAAAGAAGUGAUUUCUUAAAUUUUAAUCGUCCUCGUCGGUUGGACUGUGGUUAGUGAUUUACUUUUAACGUAGAAGAGAUGGCCGCACAGUUUUUAGAAAAUAUGUACCCACUUUACACUGUCUAAAAUAUUUAUAAAUUAUUCAAACAAAUAUUAACUGUUAUUAUAUAAUAUAUGCAUAUUCUAUUGUCACUUUUGCUGUAAUAUAUUGUCUCUGUCGCAAAUUUUUCAUUAAAAUUUUAGAAAUAAUUUUAAUUGAAUUAAACUUAAAUCUUUAAAUGUCAUUAAAUAGAUUAAUUAUAUUUAAUAACACACUAUUCAAAUGAAAAUUUUUAAUGUAACAAAAAAAAAUCAUAAAAAUAUUAUUGAAAUUUUUUUCGAGUAUCUUAGAUUUAAUAUCUUAAAAAAAUAUUAUUAUAUAACGUUAGUGUAUCUAGAUCUUAAUAUUUUUAUAACUUCUCUCUUAUAAAAUGCACUUUGACUUUUUACCUAAAUUCCUUUAAUUAUUAUUAAUACACAUAAGAUUAGAUAGGUAUAUAAAUAUAUUUAUGUAAUUUGAAAAAUCUUUUAUGAUAUUUAACAUUAGGAUAAUAUAUGUCAUUAUUUUAUAUAAACAUAAAAUUAAAAGGCUCAAAGCACAGUUUUAUCUUGAUAUUACGUAAAUAUUAUACUUCAAAUUUUUUUAUGCUAUAUUUAGUUGUAAGAUGGUAGAUAGAGUUUUUAUUAAUUCCCUUUUGGAAAACAGCACAUGUCCCAAUGUUGUUCCUGAUUUUGUAACAUCGAAUGAUAUACUGCCCUAUUUCAUAACAAAAAAAUAUCGAAACGAUCUAAAAAAUAUCGGAAAAAGAAAGAAACCUUUUCAACUUUAACAGCUUACAAUUGAUAUUAUUAUUUCAAUUUGAGAAUUUUUAAAUGAUAUUAAUUUUAAAGGUCAAGUUAUUUAUUUGGGAUUUCCUGUUCUAUAAGCAAACCACGUAUCUGAGUCGUCACCCAUGGGGUAGGUAAGAGAUAAAGUUGGCGUGGACGGGCGUGAGGGAGUGACACUUUCUCAUACUAACACAAUGAACACUUCCGGCCGCUUUAUAGAUGAGAUUGCUCAUACAAGAUGAGUCGGAAUAUCUUUGCACACAACCUUGACUAAAAAAAAAAAUAACAAUGUUGUACAAUAAUUUGAAAAGAAUUUAUUAAUAAAACAAUUUAGUUCUUAUUAUUCGAUCAAUGAUGUCUGUUAUCAUAUUACUAAAUAUAAAUACUUAUUAACUCACAUGAAUAGGGCAGUUUUUUUUAUAUUAAAAAGUAUAAUAUUAUAUAUUUGUAAACAAUUAAGAUAAGGUUUUUAGAUUCUCUUAAGUGUAAUCUUGCUGUAAUCUCGCGAAAUGUAAAUAAAGUUUAAAAUGUUCAUAUUUCUUAAGCUUACAAACGCAAUCUAGUUCAUUCGACAAGGAAGGAAAAUUAAUAAUUUAUUUUCCACAGAAAUUUAUGGUCUGAGUACAAAUGAACAGAGCAAUUUUUAUUUCUCGCUUUAGUAUUUUAAUGUUACAAUAUACAUAUAAGCACCGAACGUAGUUACUUAAUAUAUAUUAAUGUUUUGAAAAUGUGAAUGGUCAUAUUAAGUAAUUUCAACAAAAAUAUUCUCUUAUUUAAUACAAUUCAGAUAAGGCAGUUAUUAUGUAGUGAUAAUACCAAAUCUGUAACACUGCUUAAUCUUGGACUCGUGACAACGAAAAAAUUAAGAAUAUAAUCAUGAGUCACAUUUUUAUAGAUAUUUGAAAAACUGACACUAUUUCGGAACUAAUAGCAGGUUCAGAAGAAGCCUAAUAGAGGGCAACUGUAUCCUUAAUACUGUUUUACAAGAAUUAAUAAAAAAAAAUUUUAAUACCUUAAUAUCAAAAUUAAAUGUUAACUUAAUAUUAUCUUGUAUAAUAGAAAGGUAUUAUGAACCUUGACCAAUUUAUCUGUAAUUUAAUGUAAUUAUAUGAUCCCUGUUCAUUUUGUAACCUUUUCCUGCCAGCUUCCCUUGAGCUUAGGCUAUAACAGGGUCUGUGUGGACUUUUCGUCAUUAGAUUUAGGAUGUAGUAAUUUUUGCGUCUGUCUUUGCAAGCGAAUGGUCCAAAUAUAUAUUUGCCUUUACAAGUUGUGAUAGGUGGUUAAUGUAAUGCUCUAUUCUAUAUGGAUCAUGUAGUUUUAAAUCAUAUGUAUUUUGAAAUUUGGAUGCUUGUGCAGCCUGUGCUAUCAGUUAUCUAUAUUCUGUGAAGGUCAACCCUGUAGCGUUCUGUAGAAAUACUCUUCCGUCCGGCUGAAGUAUAUUAAAAAAAUAGCACAAAUCUAAUUGAGAUACUUAAUUGAUUUUCGCAUAUGUUAUUUGUCGAAUGUAUAACUGAAAGUAGAGCCUUCGCAGAAUUAAGUAUAACCUGAAUUUUAUUGUGAAUUUAGUUAAUUUAAAAUUUUUAAAUCAAAGUCAAUAAAUUUUAAUCAGUAA